AUGCCCCUCCAACAAUUCCUAAAGAAUUCCUUUGACAUUGAGUUUCCGACACAAGAACAGCUCGAGAAUCUACGUUAUUACAAGUAUGCCGCUGUUGACAAGUCCUAUGUCACAAAGUACAUCUUGUCACACUACUGGAACUGGGCAAUCACCUUGUUUCCAAUGUGGAUAGCUCCAAAUCUUAUUACACUCAUUGGUCUCGGGUUUAUGAUGUCCAGCGUCCUGCUUGUCACUUACUACGUGCCAGAUUUUUCCAGCGAAACGACAGCACCCAGUUGGAUAUAUUUUGUCUUUGCAGCCAGUUUAUGGCUAUACAGCACAUUCGAUAACGUCGACGGCAAACAAGCAAGACGAACGGGCACGAGUUCGCCGCUGGGCGAGCUGUUCGAUCACGGUUGCGAUGCUCUCAAUACGACGUUUGUGGCGAUAUUACAAUGCGCCGCACUAGGCUUGGGCCAUUCUGGGAAAGCAGCGGCCGUGUUGAUCACCUGCGUAGCCGGAUUCUAUUUAUCCACCGCCGAAGAGUAUUAUACCAAGGUCUUGUAUUUGGGUUAUGUCAAUGGCCCUACCGAGGGCAUCUUGCUGACCUGUUUUGCGUUUAUUUGGUCCGGAUGCUUUGGCCCUGCUUCUUGGCACGUGCCCCUCAGUGAAGGCGUUCCAUUUCUUGCUUGGCCCUUCCCCGAGAACACCACGGCAGCAGAUGUGUUUGUUUGGAGUCUGGUGCUGUUCUUUGCUGUAACUAUAUGUAUACCAGUCUUCUAUUCUAUUUACACAGUGUGCCGAGACAAAAACUUGGACUGCGUUCACGCAUUCAUGAACGUCGGCUUCCCGAUUGUCGUGUUCUGCCUGGCCGAAUACUGCUGGAUCAUGUCACCCACAUCGUCCAUCCUCAAAGACAAGCACUUGUGUUUAUUCGCCCUGACAGCAGGCACCCUGUUUGGCUUGAUGGCAUCCAGUAUCAUUCUCGCUCAUCUAACGCGAUCGCCUUACCCUAAUCUGGCGCCCAUGGUAUGCCCUGUGGUGUUUAUGGCCGUGCUUGUCAAUACAGACAUGUUUUUUGGCACUCGGCUGCUUUCACCUCAGGCAGAGUAUGGCUUGCUAUGGCUGACAUUUAUCGUGGCUUGCGUUUGCUAUGGCGUCUGGGCCACAUUGGUCAUUGAUGGAUUCUGUCGGUUCUUGGGCAUUCGAUGUCUGGUUAUUCGCCGUCAGAAGCAGCCAGAUCAACGUGUAUCCACGGAAGGUAAAGACUUUUCCUGUGGGGAAACCAACAGACAAAACGCGCUUCUCUAUGAUAGGUUGUGA